GGGGCGGGGAGCUCGGCGCGGCCGGGGAGCCAGCCCCCCGGCUCCUCCCCCGCCCGCCUGCGGAGCCCCGGGGCACACCCUCCGUGACGUGGCGGCCCUCCCGGGAGCCCAGGGGGGAGGCUCGCGGCUCCCCGGGACCCCCACGGGGCCGCGUGAGGCGAGGAGGCCGGCGCCUGGGCUGUGCGCCCAGCGGAACCCACAGGGCCUUCUCGUACCCUGGCCCGGCGUGCGUCCUCCUGCGCCGAACCGGGAGCGCUCAGGUGGGACUCAGGGAGGCUUGAUCACUUCCCGCCUGCGUCCCGGACCCGGUGGAGGAGCGCUCCUUUCUGCCUCGCCGGGGGUCGCGGCCUACGCCGCCGACCCCACUGUCCCCGCCACUCUCCGACAGCGGCGCGGGAAGCCCUUCGAGAAAAGCGGCGGCGGCCAGGCCUCAGCGAUUUCCUUCUCGGGCCCCUGGGCUGCGGCAGUUGUGAGGGUGCGGAACGAGGGACAGACGGGUUUCCUCAAAGCUGCAUUGUGCCUCCUCGUGGCCCAGCGCCUCCCGAGCCUCCCUCAAGUCCACUUCUUUCAUUAUUGGGGCCCUAGAGGUUGCUCUGUAAAUUGAUCUUCACUUGUUCUGACCUCCUUUUAUGGGUCGGCCGUACUUCCACUUACCUCACCUCUGUGGUUCUUAAACUUUGGGAGUUAUAUAGCCCUUUGUGAAUGUCACGAAAGUGAUAAACCUCCUCCAAAACCGUGCAUUUUCGAAUGUACAUCUUGUAUACAUUUUUAGAGAGCUCAGAACGGCUUCCCUCCCCCAUAACCAGCGCAUUCAUGGAUUCCUUGUAAUUUUCCCAACUACCCUGUGAGCUAUAUGUCUUUGGCUUUCAAGAUCCUCUUUCCACAAACCCUCUGUGCACUCAGCCGAAAAGAACUGUGCCUAUUCCGAAAACAUCACUGGCCUGAUGUAAGACAAUUCAGCCAGUGGUCAGAAACAGAUCUGCUUCAUGGACAUCCUCUCUUCCUGAGAAGAAAGCCUGUUCUAUCAUUCCAGGGAAGCCAUCUAAGAUCACGUGCCACCUGCCUUGUUUUCUUGCCAGGGUUGCAUGUGGGACGCUGCAGUGGCCCCUGUGAGAUGGCUGAGCAACGGUUCUGUGUGGACUAUGCCAAGCGUGGCACAGCUGGCUGCAAAAAAUGCAAGGAAAAGAUUGUGAAGGGCAUAUGCCGAAUUGGCAAAGUGGUGCCCAAUCCCUUCUCAGAGGCUGGGGGUGAUAUGAAAGAGUGGUACCACAUUAAAUGCAUGUUCGAGAAACUAGAGCGGGCCCGGGCCUCCACAAAAAAAAUCGAGGACCUCACAGAGCUGGAAGGCUGGGAAGAGCUGGAAGAUAAUGAGAAGGAACAGAUAACCCAGCACAUUGCAGAUCUGUCUUCUAAGGCAGCAGGUACACCAAAGAAGAAAGCUAUUGUCCAGGCUAAGUUGACAACCACUGGCCAGGUGACUUCUCCAGUGAAAGGCACCUCAUUUGUCACCAGUACCAAUCCCCGGAAAUUUUCUGGCUUUUCAGCCAAGCCCAACAACUCUGCCCCCUUGAGCCCCACCCCUAAGAGAAGUCUGUCUUCAAGCAAAUGUGACCCCAGGCAUAAGGACUGUCUGCUACGGGAGUUUCGAAAGUUAUGCGCCAUGGUGGCCGAUAAUCCUAGCUACAACACGAAGACCCAGAUCAUCCAGGACUUCCUGCGGAAAGGCUCAGCAGGAGAUGGUUUCCACGGUGAUGUGUACCUAACAGUGAAGCUGCUGCUGCCAGGAGUCAUUAAGACUAUUUACAACUUGAAUGAUAAGCAGAUUGUGAAGCUUUUCAGUCGCAUUUUUAACUGCAACCCAGAUGAUAUGGCACGGGACCUAGAGCAGGGUGACGUGUCAGAGACAAUCAGAGUCUUCUUUGAGCAGAGCAAGUCUUUCCCCCCAGCUGCCAAGAGCCUCCUUACCAUCCAGGAAGUGGAUGAGUUCCUUCUGCGGCUGUCCAAGCUCACCAAGGAGGAUGAGCAGCAACAGGCCCUACAGGACAUUGCCUCCAGGUGUACAGCCAAUGACCUUAAAUGCAUCAUCAGGUUGAUCAAACAUGAUCUGAAGAUGAACUCAGGUGCAAAACAUGUGUUAGACGCCCUUGACCCCAAUGCCUAUGAAGCCUUCAAAGCCUCGCGCAACCUGCAGGAUGUGGUGGAGCGAGUCCUUCACAAUGCACAGGAGGUGGAGAAGGAGCCGGGCCAGAGACGAGCUCUGAGCGUCCAGGCCUCACUGAUGACACCUGUGCAGCCCAUGCUGGCGGAGGCCUGCAAGUCCAUUGAGUAUGCGAUGAAGAAAUGUCCCAAUGGCAUGUUCUCUGAGAUCAAGUACGAUGGAGAGCGAGUCCAGGUGCAUAAGAAUGGAGACCACUUCAGCUACUUCAGCCGCAGUCUUAAGCCCGUCCUGCCUCACAAGGUGGCCCACUUUAAGGACUACAUUCCCCAGGCUUUUCCUGGGGGCCACAGCAUGAUCUUGGAUUCUGAAGUGCUUCUGAUUGACAACAAGACAGGCAAACCACUGCCCUUUGGGACUCUGGGAGUGCACAAGAAAGCAGCCUUCCAGGAUGCUAAUGUCUGCCUGUUUGUUUUUGAUUGUAUCUACUUUAAUGAUGUCAGCUUGAUGGACAGGCCUCUGUGUGAGCGGCGGAAGUUUCUUCAUGACAACAUGGUUGAAAUUCCAAACCGGAUAAUGUUCUCAGAAAUGAAGCGAGUCACAAAAGCUUCGGACUUGGCUGACAUGAUAACCCGGGUGAUCCGGGAGGGAUUGGAGGGGCUGGUGCUGAAGGAUGUGAAGGGUACAUAUGAGCCUGGGAAGCGACACUGGCUGAAAGUGAAGAAAGACUAUUUGAACGAGGGGGCCAUGGCCGACACAGCUGACCUGGUGGUCCUUGGGGCCUUCUAUGGGCAAGGGAGCAAAGGCGGCAUGAUGUCAAUCUUCCUCAUGGGCUGCUACGACCCUGGCAGCCAGAAGUGGUGCACAGUCACCAAGUGUGCAGGAGGCCAUGAUGAUGCCACGCUUACCCGCCUGCAGAAGGAACUAGACAUGGUGAAGAUCAGCAAGGACCCCAGCAAAAUACCCAGCUGGCUGAAGGUCAACAAGAUCUACUAUCCUGACUUCAUCGUCCCAGACCCAAAGAAAGCUGCCGUGUGGGAGAUCACAGGGGCUGAAUUCUCCAAAUCGGAGGCUCACACAGCUGACGGGAUCUCCAUCCGAUUCCCUCGCUGCACCCGAAUCCGAGAUGAUAAGGACUGGAAAUCUGCCACUAACCUUCCCCAACUCAAGGAAUUGUACCAGUUGUCCAAGGAGAAGGCAGACUUCACUGUAGUGGCUGGAGAUGAGGGGAGCUCCACUACAGGGGGUAGCAGUGAAGAGAAUAAGGGGCCCUCAGGGUCUGCUGUGUCCCGCAAGGCCCCCAGCAAGCCCUCAGCCAGUACCAAGAAAGCAGAAGGGGAGCUGAGUAACUCCAACAGCAAAGACGGCAACAUGCUGACUGCAAAGCCUUCUGCUAUGAAGGCGGGAGAGAAGCUGGCCAUGAAGUCUUCUCCAGUGAAAGUAGGGGAGAAGCGGAAAGCUGCUGAUGAGACCCUGUGCCAAACAAAGGUACUGCUGGACAUCUUCACUGGGGUGCGGCUUUACUUGCCACCCUCCACACCAGACUUCAGCCGUCUCAGACGCUACUUUGUGGCAUUCAACGGGGACCUGGUACAGGAAUUUGAUAUGACCUCAGCCACGCACGUGCUGGGUAGCAGGGACAAGAACUCUGCCGCCCAGCAGGUCUCCCCAGAGUGGAUUUGGGCAUGUAUCCGGAAACGGAGACUCGUAGCUCCCUGCUAGGUUUGCUGUCUUCCCUCUCCCUCAGGCCAUACUCUCCUUUACCAUACUACCGGACUGGACUUAGGCUGGAGGCAGAUAGACACAGUAUAGGGCGGAUGGGCUUGCUUCUCCCAAACCCACCAGUUCUCCACGGUCUUCUGGACCAGGAAUUAGUUGCUGUGGGUGCCACAACUGAAGUCAGUUUCUCUUGCUGGUUUAAAUAGAUCUUUCAGAGCUGGGUGCUGGGUUUGCCGUCUUUUUGUUUUCUUUGAAAAGCAGCUUAGUUACCUUUCUUAUAAAUAAAAUAUCUUGCAGUUAUCUUUGUCCUUUCCCCACCUGCACCCCCAGUAAUUUCCCUAGAGAUUAAGGAGUAAAGGCUGGGCUAUGGCAGCUCUGUCCACAAAGCCUUCUCUCCCAUCCUUGCCUGUUCCUUUGUACUUCCAGGCUCAUUUUAAAGUUGUAUUUAAAGAACUGCCCUCAGAAGUGCUUCUAUUUAGCAGAACUUGUAUUCAGCCUGACAUCCUUUGCCAGGAACAAACCCUCAUGUGAAAGAAAACAAAAUGAACUUUUUUGACUUUC